AUUGUAUAGAUAAAAGUCAUGUGAUCUGUUAAUGCUUUGGUGCGAGUUGCAUCGCAAAAGCUUACGCUUCAAAACACUUUUUAUAUUACUUUGGAUUUUAUUACAAGGUAAAGCAUUAUGCUUUCAUGCUAAGACUUCUUUAGUUAUGAGUUAUCCGUUUCAUUUCAUCGGCGGCGACCUGGCUCUACCGUGGAUUUUACGAUUAUAAUUCAUGUGUGCAUGGUUUUCUGGGAGACAAAGAAAACCAGUUUCCUGACAAUUUAGUGACGUCAUCGCGUCAUCAAACAUGGCUGCGCCCAGUCCGCUAAAAGUACAGCUGUUCGGCCAUUCGUUCGUGAGGCACCUUAAAGAUUUCAUCCGACAUGACUCCACUCUACGUUUUAACUUGAAUCUGCAAGGACACCCUCUAGUGCAAUACUCUGGAUUCUCCGGUGCUCGCGUCGAAACACUACACAAUCGUUUAACCGAGAUUUCUGACUUUGAACCGGAAAUUGUUGUGCUGAUUAUUGGCACCAACGACAUUUAUGAUUCGUCGUGUUCAAUUCUUUCUGUGGCAAAUAAAAUUGAAGACCUGGUGAGAACACUUUUAUUUGAAUUGAAUGUGCGUUAUGUUGUGGUAAUGCAAUGUUUACAUCGCUGCACUCCACAAGUCUCUUCAAAAUACCCAGUUGACACGAUAUGGUUCAAUAACAGGGUGGACAGUCUAAACUUGCUACUUUCUGAACGUUUGAGAUCGGUGUUAGACAGCCGAGCUUGCCUAUGGCGUUUAAAAGGGUUUUGGACAAUUUCCUCCAAAGAAAGAAACUUCGCAAAAGAUGGAUGCCACCUAUCCAGCCAGGGACAACGCCAGCUGUACAGAAACAUCAGAGCAGCAGUGGUCGCCGCCACGAAACGCAUCCUCAGCAGCUGAGCUCAGACCUUAGAUAUGUAUUACUAAGAUAUGUAUUACUAUUCAAUGUUUGAUGAGCUACAGCUAGCUCUCUGUGAGAUUGAGUAACAGACUCAUAAAUGACUUCGUUGGCAGCAUCAUACAACAUGCACACUAGCAAUUAGCUAGUCAUUCUAUUUUCAUGCUAAUUAUUAUUUAAUCUAGUCGUGAUUUAUUAAAAUCCGCCUACACUAGAUUUUAUUAAUGCGUGAUUUAGCUACCAACACCACGCUUAUUAUUAUUUAUAAAAUAACGGCAUGAUUUAGUUACCAGCCUCAUGCCCUAUAUUUAUGCGUGAUUUAGUUGCCAGCCUCACGCUUAUUAUUAUUUAUCACAUAAAGGCAUGAUUAAGUUACAGCCUCAUACCUUACAGUUAUGCGUGAUUUAGUUACCAGCCUCACGCUUAUUAUUAUUUAUCAAAUAAAGGCAUGAUUUAGUUACCAGCCUCAUGCCUUAUAUUUAUGCGUGAUUUAGUUACCAGCCUCACGCUUUUUCUUAUUUAUAACAUAACGGCAUGAUUUAGUUACCAGCCUCAUGCCUUAUAUUUAUUGCGUGAUUUAGUUUCCAGUCUCACGCUUAUUAUUAUUUAUAAAAUAAAGGCAUGAUUUAGUUACCAGCCUCAUGCCAUAUAUUUAUGCGUGAUUUAGUUGCCAGCCUCACGCUUAUUAUUAUUUAUAAAAUAAAGGCAUGAUUUAGUUACCAGCCUCAUGCCUUAUUUUUAUUGCGUGAUUUAGUUUCCAGUCUCACGCUUAUUAUUAUUUAUAAAAUAAAGGCAUGAUUUAGUUACCAGCCUCAUGCCAUAUAUUUAUGCGUGAUUUAGUUGCCAGCCUCACGCUUAUUAUUAUUUAUAAAAUAAAGGCAUGAUUUAGUUUCCAGCUGCAUGCCCUAUUUUUUAUAAUAUUUCUUAUAUUUUAGUGUGAUUAAUUUACCAACCUCACACUUUUAACAUUGUAUUAUUUUAUCAAUACAUUAUUCAGUUGUUGGCUGCUUACUCAAUAAUUAUUGUGUGUUUUACACAAAAAUAAGGGAACUAACGGCAGCAGUCUUGUGAAUUGAAAUAUCAGAUUUAUCUCCCUUGUUCACAAUGUGGUAACCAGCCUCACGCUUGUUGUUCUUUCAUCUAGGCAUGAUUUACUUGCCAUCCUUAUGCCAUAUCUUUAUGCGUGAUUUAGUUACUAGCCUCAUGCAUUCCUUAUGAAUCAUUUUUCCGCCUUUAACCAUUUAUCUUUGUGGGACUAUCAAACUCACACUGUUGGGUCUAUUUUAUCAUUUUAUCUAAUUGGGGAUAAUCAAUUGUCCUUUUGUACAACAUAUCUCGUACAUACAUAGAAUAUAUUUAAAUCCCCUUUUAGAAUGUUUACUAAUAACAUGGUUAUAUGGCUUUAUACACGACAAAUCCAGCAAUUAACACUUGGAAAAGUAUACAUAGAAUAUAUUUGAAUAUCUAAUUUUAUAAUUACCUAUCAAUUGAUUUUCAGAUGAGGCCUGCAAAGAAAACUAAAAAACGAUCGGCAACAACAACAAUAUGCAGUUGCUGUGAUAAUACAACGGCCAAGAAAUCACGCUCCACACCCACCAGUCCUCCACCAUCAAUAUCCACAGCAAUUCCAGUACAAGAAACGGGGACAUCUACUGGUCCAUCCAAUGCUCACAAUGGAUCUGGGAACAACACAAUCCAGCACAUCAAGGGUGUUGAUUUUAAUCCUGGACCCGUGCCACCCAAUGAAGUUGUUCUACCACAUCAACAACCCCCUCAGGUACCUGGACCCGUGCCACCCAAUGCAGUUGUUCUACCACAUCAACAACCCCCUCAGGUACCAUUCAACUACUCGGACGACUCUUAUUCAGAAGAUGAGGUCGACCCACCAGCAAAUCUUCAGGAAAUACUCAGCACACACAUGAUGGGCCUUCUUCCGGAUACUGGUAUGCACUACGCCGAACCAAUCAGCACACCAAUACUUCCACAAAUUAAAAAGUCAUUAUGUAAGGACAUUUGGAAAGGCAAAUAUGUAGAACUUUCAUCUCUCCUUCCAGUUAAUUCUGCCUCUCAAUCUUCUAACUUCACUCUGCAACUGGACAAACAUGCACAUAUUUCUAUCCAACCAUCUACACGCUGUACAAAAAUCACCUCAAUUGAAGUUUGGACGUCUGCGUUCAUUCGCUACGUUUCCGUAAGGACACACAAGUACCCUGGGGAAACGCAACAACUCCUAAAAUACAUGGAGAUCAUCCGAGAUCUGGCUACUCGCUGUCCAGGUCCAGCCUUUCAGUAUUACGACAAUCAAUUUCGUUUGUUUCGAGCUUCUGUUCCUUUGCCUUGGGACAGAAUUCACACUGAAUUCUGGCUGAUGGCCAGCACUCUAAACACUAAUACUCACAAUCCUCAGUCAUUUCGUCCCUCAAGACCUGCCACUCAACGCAGAUCGUUCCCCUCAAACCGUCCAAAACGUUUCGUGGACAACGUAUGUUGGAACUUCAACAAACCAACCCACUGUCAACGCAUCAACUGCCCCCACCCUCAUAUCUGUGGUUUCUGCCGGGGCCCCCACACUGCUUUCAACUGCUCAUACUCCAGCAAGGAACAGGCCUCCCAGUCCCUCUCUGGCAAGAGAAACCCUUCCAGUUCCGGCCCAAAGCCAUCCAAACAAUUAUAAUUUGGUCACACCAGUAAAUGUCAACCAGUUAAUCCCAUUUCUUUCAGGAUAUACAUGGUCACAAUAUAUUGUAGAUGGUUUCAUGACAGGUUUCAAAUUAGGAUUUUUAGGACCCCGUAAAGCUCGCACUUCACCAAAUUUAAAAUCUUGUUCUGAUUUCCCUCAACUGGUAUCUCAAAAAAUACAAAAUGAGCUUUCAGCUGGUCGUAUAGAAGGCCCUUUCGAUUUUCCACCAUUUGAUAACCUACACGUAAGCCCCAUUGGUCUAGUUCCCAAAAAAUCACCGGGUCAAUACCGCUUAAUUCAUCACCUCAGUUACCCUAAAGGUGAUUCUAUCAAUGAUUUCAUUGACCCCACCCUUGCCACUGUAGUUUAUUCAUCUUUUGAUGAGGCAGUAGACCUCCUUUUAAACCUGGGCCCGGGUACACUUUUUAGCAAAACUGACAUUGAUUCAGCUUUUCGUCUUAUCCCCAUUCACCCAUCAGAUUAUCACCUGUUAGGUUUCAAAUUCCAGGAAAAAAUUUAUUUCGAUAAAUGUCUCCCUAUGGGAGCAUCCUCAUCUUGCGCUAUUUUUGAACGGUUCAGCACUGCUCUCCACUACGCAUCAGAAAAAUUUCUGGGUAUUAAACACAUGGUACAUAUUCUCGAUGAUUUUCUUUUCCUAGGUCCCGCUGACUCGCAAAUUUGUCAAACAAAUUUACAAAAAUUUCUUGAUUUUUGCAGCCUCAUUGGAGUUCCCAUUAAGUCUGAAAAGACGGAAAAUGCCACACCUAUCAUCACUUUCAUGGGUUUAGAAUUAGACUCACUUACAAUGGAAGUACGUCUUCCACAUGACAAGCUCUUAAAACUUCGGGAACUUCUGAUGAAAACCUCCAAGUCCAGGAAGGUCACACUGAAAGAAUUACAAUCCCUCCUAGGUUUACUAAACUUUUGCUGCCAGGUGGUAACACCAGGUCGCAGUUUUCUACGUCGCCUUACAGACCUUACCAAAAAGGUCACAAAUCCUAACCAUCACAUAACUUUGAACAAAGAAAGCAGAAAAGAUCUGCAUGCAUGGCGGCUUUUUGCAGAUCAUUUUAAUGGAAAAAACCUUCUUCAUAAGCGCCGUUGGUUAACCUCCGACACCCUACACCUUCAUACCGAUGCAUCUGGCUCAAUCGGUUUUGGGGCAGUAUUUAAACACCAUUGGUUUUCUGGCACAUGGUCAGAAAAUUGGUUACCUUUUGAUAUCACGUUUAAAGAACUGUUCCCGAUUGUUUUGGCAAUUGAGAUCUGGGGCCACGAAUUACAGGAAAAGUGUAUUAUUCUACACACAGAUAACGCUGCCGUAGUACAUAUUAUUAACCGCCAGACCUGCAAAAUACCUCACAUUAUGCACCUAGUACGUCGCCUAGUUUUGGCAAGCAUGAAAUUUAACAUUCUACUCAAUGCUGAACAUAUUCCUGGUAAAUUUAACAUAUUACCUGACCUACUCUCUCGUUCACAGAUCGAGAAAUUUCAAGCUUCAGCUCCACAAAUGGACAAGGUUCCAACUGCAAUUCCGGAUCAUCUUCUACUGCUCAACUGAACUUGCAGAUUUACAAUCUUUUGAACUCGUCUCUUGCCCCAUCCACUAGGGCAAGUUACCAAAAUGCGCUACAGCAUUACAACAAUUUUCAUUCAACUCACUAUCCUCAACAACCGCUAUGGCCCACUACUACAGAACAACUAGCCCAGUUCAUAGCAGUAUGUAAUGCACGUCAGUUAAAGGCAUCCACCAUUACCUCGUAUAUUUCAGCCAUUACCUACGUUCACAAACUUAAGGGCUUUUCAAACCCCGCAGAGUCAUUUGUCAUCAAAAAAUUACUGCACAGCAUCCGUCGCCACAAAAACUUUGAUAGGCGUCAUCCUUUCACACCAGACCAUCUUCAGUUGCUAUUGUCAAAUCUUCGUGUCUUGGUUUCAGACAAGUACACCCAAGUUCUUAUGCGAACUAUGUUUUUGUUUGCCUUCUAUGGGCUGUUUAGAUUAGGGGAACUAGCCACUUCCUCUAUGGGUUUCAUGAAUGUCAUUCAAAGGCAGAACUUAUCCUUUACAUUCAACGGCUCAAUUGUUUCAGGAGUAUCAGUCUUGGUCAAUGCCUACAAACAUUCACAAGGCCGCUGUGCAACAAUCCCAUUAUCCCGUCAGGCAUGCAAACAGUUGUGCCCCAUCCGGGCGGUAUUACGUUAUUUACGUAUAGCCCCACAAUACCCUGGUCCACUUUUCCGUUUCACUAACGGCGAGGCAAUUUCAACUACAUUCUUCCGAACACUGUUACACAGAUGUGUAAUUGCAUCGAACUUGGAUCCAAAACUUUUUACAGCUCACUCUUUUCGUAUUGGGGGCGCAACUCACGCACAUAGCAACCACAUGUCCCCAUCCCAAAUUCAACAACUAGGUCGAUGGAAAUCACAAGCAUACCUUAAAUACAUACGCCCUCAAUCUCUCCCCAUAUAGGUCCUAUACUGAGCUUACACAACAACUCUUGAAAACUGGGAGCUGACGGUUUAAGGCAGCAGCUCUCGUCCCCUUUUCCUCAUUUCACAAGCUCAGAUAUGAGUUGACGGUUUAAGGCAGCAACUCCUAAUAUUUACUUUACUUGUUACAGUUCACGCUCAGAGCUGACGGUUUAAGGCAGCAGCUCUCGUUCUCUUUUCCUCAUUUCACAAGCUCAUAUAUAAGUUGUAGGUUUAAUGGAGCAACUCCUAAUAUCUACUUUACUUGUUACAGUUCUUGCUCAGAGCUGACGGUUUAAAGCAGCAGCUCUUGGCUCUAUAUUUCACCCUAUUUCUUCCCUCAUACUGUAUAACCAUAUGAGCUGACGGUGUAAGGCAGCAGCUCAAAGGGAUGCAUUCGUGAUUUUUGUACUUUAGCAGAUAUGACAUUUAAAGCUGCGACCAGCAGCUCUCCUACAGGUAUAUAUGUAAAAAUAGUCACCCGUGUAUGUAUUUCUUUAGUAGGCACUGUUUAUAUUUAAAGUAUUUACUGGUGAAUGCUUUUUUACUCAUAGUUUAUAUGCUAGCCAUUGUCCGUUCUCAAUGGGCGGUGGGUAACCAUUGUUACCAUUUCAGUGGGUAACCAUUGUUUACCCUGGUGGCGUUUUUCUAUCGCCCAUUAUGGCAUUCUGUACAUAACUUGUAUGUUUAUAUGUACUAUUAUGUUUUGUUUUGUAUGAAUGUACAUAUUUUAUACACUGUUCUUUAUAUGUAUUACAUUCAUUGUUUUAGGGCAUCAAGUUUUUGAAUGCCCUCACUUUUAUGGCAUUUGCAAUAAAUGCCCUUUUUCAAUCUCAAUACGGUGUUGGUUGUUUACUUCAUGCCAUACUAGUUUCAAUCGGAUCUAUAUGACUUGCAUAUCAUGAACGAUACAUAAAACCAAGUUUAUGCACACAUAAAGUUUUUUAUGUCAUUGUGAUGAUUUUUCCUGUUUUUGUAGAAGUUAUCCUCAAUACCUUUGUUUACAUACUACAUUAGUGCAGUGUAACCUUAAAGGCACGCUUAGGCAUUAGCCAAUCAUUGUAUAGAUAAAAGUCAUGUGAUCUGUUAAUGCUUUGGUGCGAAUUGCAUCGCAAAAGCUUACGCUUCAAAACCACCACCUCCCCUACCUCCGCCAUAUUUAAUUUUAGGUUUUUAUCACCCAGUGUUCUCAUUUCAUUAGUGCCAUGUAUGCUUACAAGCGUUUUUCUAUCGCCCGGCGUUUUUCUAUCGCCCAUUAUGGCAUUCUGUACAUAACUUGUAUGUUUAUAUGUACUAUUAUGUUUUGUUUUGUAUGAAUGUACAUAUUUUAUACACUGUUCUUUAUAUGUAUUACAUUCAUUGUUUUAGGGCAUCAAGUUUUUGAAUGCCCUCACUUUUAUGGCAUUUGCAAUAAAUGCCCUUUUUCAAUCUCAA